AUGUAUUUGUGUGUGGCAUCGUGUCUACAAGUGGCUGCCGCCAGUGUCUGCAUGGCUAUGAUGAUACAUAGGGGCUAGUGUAGAAUUUUAAUUGCAGACAUGCUGCUGGUCAUUUUAAACAUCAUCUCGUUUGGUGGGCAGACUGACAACAUCAAUUUUAUGAAGAAAUGUAAGGAAGCUUUCUAUCCUGUAGCCUAACAUUAGGCCUAGUUUGUACAUCGAGGUGUAAAAUACAGAGCUACAUCUUUCAUGAUGAAUUUGUAGGCUAUUCGUGGGAACACAUGAACUUGUCCGUGACUUAGCUGAAAUUCCAACGCAAUCACCUAAUUCUGUUUUACCCUAUCAACCGAACUGUUUACUUUCAACGACUAGUCGUUGUCCGAGAAGCUGUUUUGGUAACACAGUAAGGUAACUUGGAACUAAAUCCCACUCCCCUGCCACCCAGUGAAAAAAAAAAACAUUCCAUGACUUCCAUGGUCAAAUGCGUGCUCGCGUGUUUAAUGAGUGCACUUUGUGGGACAAAAUUGUCUAACCGCUGACCUCUUGCAGUAUUGUAAUUAUAGUGGUCAGUUUGGGAAUGCCUCGUAUGGAGAUGGACCUUAGAGCAUUUCAGUUUGAAGGCCUAUUUUUCUUUCUUUUUUAAAAAAGGACCAGUUUCGCAGUCCGUGGCGAAGAUCAUCUCCUUUCAGCAGACGUAGGGACGCUGGACGUUUGCUCACAUCUACAUGCGAGUUUGGAUGUUUAACUUGAUUUUUUGCCCUGAUACUUUUACGACACAUAUAAAUCAUAGACCAUGGUUACAUGACCGGACUAGGCCAGCAUCUCAGACGCCAGGAGACAGUUCCAGUAUCCAGGAAAUAUGACUAGAAGAACAACAAAAUGGCUCCAGGGGAAUCUGCCAUGUAUUUUCCCAGCGGCGUCCAAGACUGCUGACCGGAGAUAAGGACCGACCCCCCCUCUGGCCAGUCCAGUCAGCCGUGAAGCCUGCCGGGCGGUGAGGGUGGGACGGAGGGAGGGAUGGGCAACCUGCGCCUCUUCCGCCUCUGCCUGCUGCUGGGCUCCGUCUUCAUGCUCUUCCUCAUCAUCCUGUACUGGGACGAGGUGGGCAACGCCGGGCUGCACCUGCGCUCCUCGCCGCCCGCUCCCCCUCCUCCUCAUCACGUGCUGGCGGCCGUCGGCGGGCCGCCGCCACCGGUCACCCCGCGGUCCCCCGCCGUCUCCACCUCCACCCAGCUGACCAUGUGGACGAGCGAGGACAAGGGCUACGCCUUCGUCUGGGACACGGACGCCUUUGACCACGAGGUGAUGGCCGACCCGGACCCGCCAGAGACCCGGCCCACGAAAGACUCGGCGGCUCGACUGCGGCAGCGUCCGGUGCUGAAACCCCCGGGAGGUCCGCGGGAGUCCACUGCGCCACCCCCGCCUCAGGAGUCGGAGCUGGCGCCCACUCAGGCCAGACCGUCACGGCCACCCACCACCACGACCACAACUACCACCACCACCACCACCUCAACACCAGUAGCCUAUAGGAACCAGACCAGUAAGCCCACACCAGCACAGAGCAGAGUCGACAUCUACGUCAAGCCAUCGAGCCGCCCAGCACUCCCCGCUCCACCCACGCCCCCGUUCUUCAGCCUCCUGCAGCGCCAGGCGAAGCGCCGGCGCCACCUACAGGAGGCCUGCGCUGCGGACAGCGGCCUGGACUUCCCCGGGAAGCUGCGCUCCUUCGAUCAGAUCCCCAGCCAGGCCCUGGACCACCUGAUCGUGGACGACCGGCACGGCGUCAUCUACUGCUACGUGCCCAAGGUGGCCUGCACCAACUGGAAGCGCGUCAUGAUCGUGCUGGGCCAGAAGCUGGUCGCGGCGGCAGGGGGCAUCAUCAUCAACAACGGAGGAGGAGGAGGAGGGGGCGGUGACCCCGACGACCCCAACGCGGCGCCAACGCCGUACCGGCGGCCUCAGGACGUGCCGUCAGAUCUGAGCCACAACGGCACACUGCAUUUGACCUUCAACAAAUUUUGGCGCCGCUACGGCAAGGCGUCGCGCAGCCUCAUGCAUGCCAAGCUGCGCAAGUACACCAAGUUCCUGUUCGUGCGCGACCCCUUCGUGCGCCUCAUGUCUGCCUUCCGCAACAAACUGGCCCAGCCCAACGAGGACUUCUACCGGCAGUUCGGCGCGCGCAUGCUUCGGCGCUACGCCAACGUCACCCAGCCCCCGUCUACGGCCCGGGAGGCCUUCAAGGCGGGUUUGCGGCCGUCGUUCGCCGACUUCGUCCACUACCUGCUGGACCCCGAGACGGAGAAGGAGGAGGCGUUCAAUGAGCACUGGCGGCAGGUGUACCGCCUGUGCCACCCUUGCCAGAUCGGCUACGACUUUGUCGGCAAGCUCGAGACGCUGGACGAAGACGCACGGCACCUCCUCCACAUCCUGGACGUGGACCGGCAGAUCCAGUUCCCUCCCGGCUACCGGAACCGGACAGCGGCCAGCUGGGAGCGCGACUGGUUCGCCAACGUUCCGCUCGAGGACAUUAGGAGGCUGUAUAAACUGUACGAGCCUGAUUUCCGGCUAUUCGGAUAUCCCAUGCCCGACACAUUGCUCCAUGAAUGACGCACACAGAUGUGAUACCAAUCCAGCACUUACUGACCCUCUACAAGGGUUACUCCAGUGAUGGUGUUUUCUUGUGUGACUGAAGAGGACUAAUGUUGACUAUGGAGGCUAUGGUAGCUAAGCUAAUGUCGCAGAGCUGCCAACUCUCACACAUUGAGAGUGAGAUUCAUUCAUCAUCAUUUGAUUGGCUCCACAUGCUCUUACACCAAUUGAAUGCGUGAGGGUUGGCAGCUCUGAAUGUUGAGUAAGGACUCUAUGGUAGCUAAGCUAAUUUUGAGUAGGGAUGCUAUGGUAGCUAAGCUAACGUUGAGUAAGGAUGCUAUGGUAGCUAAGCUAACGUUGAGUAUGGGAGCGACAGUAGCUUCCAAAGCAUCAAAGUUAUGAGAGUCAACAGUGAGUUGGCCAUUAGCCAUUCUACACAACAGUGGCGCCACAUCAAAAGGUCUCUUUUUAUUAGUACUGCUAAGUGUAAGAACCGCGGAACCACACAGGACUAACUGCUAACCCGACAUGUUGUGGCUUGGGUCCCACACAAGCGAUUAAAAGGCAUAGAUUAGUGGCGCUUUGUCGUGAGCACUCCUAGCAGACCGUGCCUUCAAAGGGAGAGGAAUGUGUUGUUGUUAUUUGUUGUUGUUAUUUUAAAUGACAUGUUUUCUGUUUACGCAUUGUUACAUCUGUACUGUACAUGAUGUGAAGAGUGUUGUCCAUAAACAUCAGAUGUGGAACACCCUG